GUACAAACUACAACUAUGACGAUGAAUGUACAUACUGGAGAUAUAUUUGAUACAGUUAAUACUCAGGACUUGCAGCAUCUGAAUAUCCUAAAGGACAAAAAUAAAAAUGGAUGGUCCUCAAAUAGCUUUGAUUGUUAUGUUUGUGGCCUUACUUGGUUAUUUUGGUAGUAGAAUAAUUCACAGUUUACAAGGACCAUCAUAUGCUGAGAGAAUUAUCAAAAAUGCAAUGCCUGAUAAAGAGUUAUUAAAACAUUCUGAUGAAUUCAGUCAACCGGAACUGAUCAAGGUUACUGAUGGUGUAUAUGUUGCUGUAGGAUUCGCAUUAGCUAAUUCUAUUUUGUUAGAAGGUCCCGAGGGAUUGGUAAUAGUUGAUGUGACAGAAAGUAUAGAGAGUGCCGCAGAAAUAUUAAAGGUGUUCCGAAAUGUCACAGACAAACCAAUACAAGCGUUGAUUUAUACUCACAAUCAUGCUGAUCAUUCAUUUGGUGCCAAGGCCUUUAUAGAGGACGAAGAUAAUCCGCCGGAUAUAUGGGCUCACGCAGGAAUUCUUGGCGAGUUCACUCGAGUAUUCUCAACGGUCAACGGUGCUACUUACAAACGCUCAAUGAGACAAUUUGGGGUCCAUUUACCAGGCCAAAUUAAUGCUGGUAUUGGAUUGAAAUUAAAAUAUGGUACAGAUAAAACAACUCUUGGUGUUGUUUAUCCCACACAUUUUGUUCAUGAACAAAAAACCAACUUAGUAUUAGCUGGAAUCAAUAUGACGAUUAUACAUAUUCCAGGUGAAACAGACGACCAGAUUGGUGUGUGGAUCCCUGAAAAACAAGUUCUUUUAUGCGCAGACGAUAUUUAUAAAGCCUUUCCAAAUCUUUAUGCUAUUCGUGGCACACCCUCCCGUGAUCUCAUGCAAUGGAUUAGAUCAUUAGAUUUAAUGUUAACUUAUGAUACACAACACUUAGUUCCCAGCCAUACUCGACCUGUGUUUGGUAAAGAAAAUAUUAAGGAAAUAUUAACAGUUUAUAGAGAUGCGAUUCAGUAUAUCCACGAUCAGACUGUACGAUAUAUAAACCAAGGCUUCACAUCUGAGGAAAUUGUUGAAAAAGUAGCAUUGCCAAAAAAUUUAGCCAGACAUCCAUAUCUAAAGGAAUUUUAUGGAACUGUUGCGUGGUCGGUAAAAGGUGUUUUUAAUUCGUAUUUAGGGUGGUUCAGUGGUAACCCUAUAGAUCUUCAACCUUUAACAAUAAAAAGUAAAUCCGAACGAAUGGUAAAGCUAAUAGGCGUUGAUAAAAUGUUAGAAGCAGCAAAAACAGCACUAAAAGAAAAAGACUUUCAAUGGGCUUUAGAAUUAUCUUCUUAUCUUCUCAUAAUUUAUUCAGAUAACUCUGAAGCAAGAGACAUUAAAAUAGAUGCUUUGACUUAUCUGGGUGCAAGGCAAGUAAGCGCAUGUGGUAGAAAUUAUUAUUUAACAUGUGCGUUCGAAGAAGCAGCUGAAAUAGAAUUACGAAAUUCGGAGCGUAACAGAGAAAUGGGAAUCAAAACGCUUCCAAUAAGACAAUUAUUCUUGGCAAUGCCUGUUAAAUUUAAAGCAGAGGAAUGCAUGAAUGUAAACAACUCUUUGUUAUUUUCAUUUUCUGAUACCGGUGAUAACGUAAAGUUAACAAUCAGAAAUUCUGUUGCUAUUGUUUCAUUUCACCACGGUAAAGAACCAUUGUAUGAUGUGAAGAUAACAGUUACAGAGAAAGUAUUUCGGGAGUUAAUAUCGAGUCGAAUGCGGGCAAUAACAGCUUAUGGAACGGGUGAAAUUAUUAUUGACGGUGGAAUAAUGAAAUUUAGAAAUUUGAUGAAUUGCUUUGAAAACAGAUAAAUUUUAACUAUUCAAACCUCAAUUAUAUGAAACUUUUUAUCAUUUUGCAUCCAUCGUUUCGAAACUUUCUCAAUUUUUUCCAUUCCCCAGAUCAAAAUGAGAUGAACAUUUCCAUCAAUUACAUUAAUAUUUCAAAAAGAAAGAAAAAUGAAAAAAAUCCUUUUAGCAAGAGAAGACUAACAAAUGGAAUAUUUUUGUGAAAUGUAAUCUUUGUUUGAGUUAAGAAUAAAGAAUUCUUCUACGUCAUGUAUGUGUAACUGGAAAUAAGUUUAUAUAUACAUUUAUAUGCACGUACAAUGAGAAUGAUAGUUUCGAAUGCAACAUAAGUGUUUUUAUGUUACAUUUUGUACCAAUGCACUAUAUUUAUUUCUUUGUUGUUGAAGUUUUUGUUUAAAAUAAAAUAUAAACUAUAAUUCA